CCAAUGUGACGGAGUUGAAGAGUUUCUUGGGCCUUCUCAAUUACUAUGGCAAGUUUGUUCCACGGCUAGCCAGCAUGCUAGCACCUCUUUAUGAGCUGUUAAGAAAACACCAACCUUGGAGGUGGACGGAGCAACAGGAUGGGGCAUUCAAUCGAGCAAAAAGGGCACUUUCAACGUCAAAGGUCUUAGUACACUUGACCCAAGGAAGCCGAUUGUAGUUAUCUAUGACACAUCGCCGUAUGGAAUGGGUGCGGUAUUAGCUCACAGAAUUCCAAGUGGAGAGGAAAGACCGAUUGCGUUCGUCUCUCGUACACUAACCGAAGCGGAGAAUAACUACGCACAAAUAGAUAAGGAAGUGACCGAUCAUAAACCAGUACUAAGCUUGUUUGAUGAAAACAGAUCGGUACCUGCUUUGGCAUCUAGCAGGAUUCAACGAUGGGCCUUGACAUUGGCAGCUUAUCAAUAUACAAUCAAAUAUAGACCCGGGAAAGAUAGCUUCUGUGCAGAUGCCUUGAGUAGACUCCCAAUGGAAGCCACAGACAAUGAUCAGAUGGAGGAAGAGAAAAUUCUAGCAAUAGAUUACUUGACUACGACCCUGGUGACAGCCAAAGACAUAAGGCUCAAGACAAGAAGAGACCCAUGGAUGAGCAGAGUGCUACGCUGUACCCUGGAAGGGUGGCUGAGAGCAGUGGAUAAUGAAUUACUACCAUACUGGAGAAGACGCGAGGAACUUUCCGUCAGAGAGGGUUAUGUGUUGUGGGGUGAUCAAGGGGAUCGACCGUUCAUGGGGAGAAUGUUCCUUGUUAUUGUGGAUGCGUUUUCAAAGUGGUUGGACGUAUAUGCAACCCAGUCAGCUACCACAGAAGUCAUGCUCGAGAAACUGAAGACGUCGUUUGCAAUUCAUGGGAUUCCCAAAAGGUUGGUAUUGGACAAUGGCACGUUCUUUAUGAGUAGUGAAUUUCGUACGUUUUGCAAGAGUCAAGGAAUAAUCCAUACAAAAUCAGCACCUUAUCAUCCGUCAUCUACCGGACUAGACGAAUGGGCUGUACAAAUCCUCAAGGAUGGACUAAGGAAGCUGGAAACAGAAAGCUUGAAUGAAAGCUGCAAAAAAUUUUGUUGACAUACCACAACAUGCCGCAUGCCACCACAGGCUCAAUUCCAGCACAGCUACUUUGGGAAGGAGACUGCGCGUCAGACUUGACCUCAUCAGACCGGAUGAUAGUAGAACAGUUUGAAGGAAACAGGAGGUUCAAAAAGAAAAUCGCAAUACUAGAUGCCAAAGCCGGGAAAUAAAAGGGGGAACGGGUUUUUUGUGCGGAACUUUGGAACGGGACCUCACUGGAUGCCAGCCCGGGUGACGGAAAAGACUGGACCAGUAUCAUACCAGUGCGAACUGGAAGAUGGUUGUAUCAUGCAAAUGCAUAUAGAUCAUCUCGGACUGCGUCAGCACACGUCGGAUCGAGUUAUCAGAAAGGAUCACACGAACACACCAAAGAAAGACAGCAAGCAUAGAAGGGAGAGGGGACGAGGAAUUCACGGGAGGGCCGGGGUUGACAAGGGACAACAAGAGGAGUGAUGUCAGUCUUGACCAUGAGAAUAUUCUUCUCGAAAGGUCCGAAGAAGGAGCGACUGAGCAAAACAAACGUUUUCUGUUGAGAUCACCAGAGAUUCAGGACAAACGAGGAUGACCUGGGGAGAGAGAUGAAGUCGAACUGAGCGAUAAUUUGAAUCCCGUGAACGAAACAUCGUUGCGUUGCGGUGGUCCUCUCGUAUCAGGAAGGCAGCCCAGCGACUAGAUCUUUAAAAGAAUGAUUAGAUUAAGUUGAGUUUUGUGGGGAAAUUGAUCGUUAAACAACAGUUGUGUUUUAUCUAGAGGGGAGGGAUGUCAUAGCGUGUUGUCAUAGACCCCGAUACUCCGGGACCUGGGGUUUUGGCACGAGCUGGUAACGUGUCGGAGUAGUACUGUGUAUUGAGUAGAAGACUAAAUAUACUACAGUCAAUUUGUUGAUAUCACUAGUAAUAUUAAUUAAGUGGUACCGGAA